GGCAUUGAAUUCGACUCGGCGGGAAAGUUGAAGAAUUCCUCAUGAUUUCCAUCCCUAAGGCAAAAUGACUUCGGUUCCGAUCUUCCUAAAGAUCAAUAUUGUUCACUUGUCUUCUGCAAUCGAUCGAUCUGGCCGUUGGAGAAGAUAAAGGGGUCAGGUUUCGGCGAUGUCGUCAUUGGUUGGAGCCGGUGCUGGCCACGCCUACAGCACGGCCAGCGCUGAAGGUGAUUGGAUGAUGCCGCCUCUCUCAGUGCUCCUCAAGCGGGAGCUGACGAGCGAGCAGAUCGAGAAGCCCGACAUCCUUUAUGGUCUGGCCAGUCGGAGCAAGAAGGGCGAGGACUUGACUUUUCUCAAGACCGAGUGCCAGCGCGUGCCUGGGAAUGGCGCCACCACCUUCUCCGUCUUCGCGCUAUUUGAUGGUCACAAUGGAUCAGCUGCUGCAAUAUAUGCUAAGGAGAACCUCUUAAACAACAUUUUAUGUGCCAUUCCUUCAGGUCUUACUAAAGAUGAGUGGUUAGCUGCUCUACCACGAGCUUUAGUUGCAGGUUUUGUUAAAACAGAUAAAGAUUUUCAAGAUAAAGUAGAACCUUCAGGAACGACAGCUACAUUUGUGAUUAUAGAUGGCUGGGCUGUAACAGUAGCAGCAGUAGGUGAUUCACGCUGUAUUCUUGAAUCUGCUGAUGGUUCACUUUACCUUUUGUCAGCAGAUCACAGGCUGGAUGUAAAUAAAGAGGAGGUCGAACGUGUUACUGCAUGUGGGGGUGAGGUUGGAAGACUGUAUCUUGCCUGUGGGGCAGAGAUUGGACCUCUCAGGUGUUGGCCAGGUGGCUUGUGUCUCUCAAGGUCAAUUGGUGACGUGGAUGUUGGUGAAUUUAUUGUUCCUAUUCCUCAUGUGAAGCAAGUGAUGCUAUCAAAUGCUGGUGGCCGACUUAUCAUCUCUAGUGAUGGUGUGUGGGAUGUUCUGAGUUUUGAAUCCACUUUGAAUUGUUCUCGUGGACAUCCAGCAGAUAUUGCUGCCAAGAAAAUUGUUAAGGAAGCUGUACAGGUAAAGGGACUUAGGGAUGAUACUACAUGUAUAGUGGUUGAUUUAUUGCCGCCGGAAAACAUACCUCCAUUUGUUCAAACAAAGAAGAAAGGGAUGGGGGUCUUAAAGAAUUUCUUUCACAAAAAGUCGUACGAAUCACCAUCUCACCUUUUAGUAAGAAACUAUUUUGAACCUUACGCAGUGGAUGAAUUAUUUGAGGAUGGUUCUGCAGUACUUGCUCAAAGAUUAAACCUGGCAUCUCCAAUAUGCAACAUGUUCAAUCUACUUGUAUGUGCCAUUUGCCAGGUCAUGAUGAAUCCUGGUGAGGGUUUUCCUGUUCAUUCAGGUUCAUUAAAAUCUGCAGAAGUUUAUUUGUGGGAGGGCCCGUUACUUUGCCAGAGCUGCCAGUUUAAGAAAGAAGCCAUGGAAGGAAAAAGACCUUCAAGAAAUUUGUGUAGAAAGCCAAAUGAAACUGAAUAUUAUUAGAUCUCCUUCAGUAGUUUUGGUGGACUUCCAUGUAUAUUGAUUUUAGCAGUCCAGACAGAGUUUGUACGCCAAGAUCAAAGAUCUUCCCUCUCACUCCGAAGUAACAUCGGAAAUUUUUGUCCGACUAAUAAGUGCUCAGAGUCGAUCAGAGGAGGUAUUCCAUUAAUAUGUAAUUCUCAUUUUAUGGUACAGAAUGACAAACAUUGCAUUUAUUCAAUCCUGCAAUUUCGGUCCAUUGAUCAAGCAAUUUUCUGCAUUCCUUUGUGAAACAAAGCUACGACUAAUAGAUUGUUUUAGGUUCGCCAUGUAUAUGUUCCAUCAUAGAGGAAGAUAGCAGGUUAAUAUGUAUUAUAAUCUUAGAAUUAUAGGUAACACCUUACAGCCUAAAUAAGCUUCAAACCAAUCGAGUUAUACAUUUUCACUAAUGUCUUUAUUUUUGCUUUGUAAUUAUAAAUUGUUGCGAUGUAACUGUUGAGAUCAAUAGGACAUACUUUAAGAAGCUUU